GUUCUCAUUGUCGGUGCUUGACCUGAUUGACAUAAUUCUCCCUUACAAGUUUGUCUUUGGAGAUCCUUUGUCGAGUUCACAAGAAUCUGACAUGCCUUGAAAGGAAUCGUUGCGAAGAUGACUGCCCCUUCCAGAGCUGACAACUUCAUAUCAGGUAUGGCCGAAAGCAGUAUCGAUGUCACUCGUCUGAACACCUCCACGUCUGAAGGUAUGAAGCAGGCUGAAAGCAAUCGUCUGAACGCCAGACGAGAAACCAUCCCACCUGCCAACCUCAUCAGACACGAAGAGCUUUCAUCGACACAAUCUACCAAACAACCGACGAUGGCUCAUCAAAGCUCCCCUUCGUCCAACGACCCCCCUACCGACAACCUCCUCGACACUGUAAUUGAGACUAUGUCCUCUCCCUCGAUUGACAACUCGCCUACCGUUGUUGCCGCUGAUCAACCUGCCGACGCAGUCAUGGAGACCGUGUCUUCCCCCGCGGUUGGUACCUCGUCCAACGUCGUUCCUGCAGACAAUCCCUCUGAGACUGUCAUUGAGAUUACCUCCUCUCCCUUGACUGAAAACGCGUCCAACAUGGCCACCGCCGACAAUCUCGCAGACGCUGUCAUCUCGGUCAUGUCUUCUCCCUCCGAUGAUAACUCGUCCGACAUCGUCAUCACCGACAACACUUCUCACGCUGCCAUUGAGAUCAUGUCUUCUCCUUCAGUCGACAGCUCCUCGAACGUUGCCGCCGCCAACCACGCUUCCGAUGCCGUCAUCGAGAUAAUGUCUUCCCCCUCGGCUGACGCCUUGUCCGACACCACCCCCAGCCCUACCAGCUUCCGUCGCCUCCCGCUCGCACUCGUCGGUAUCGGUCCGAACGCGGACGCAAACGCGCGCCGCCCUGGCUACCCUGCCUUCGCCCGCGUCAACAAGGAGUCCCUUCAGGCAUUUCUCCACGCCUACAUCCGAAUCGACAAGAACCCGAAUGAUCCGAUCGUCUACGAUCCAGCAGUCUUGCGCCCGGAGGACAUGUGCGACCUCUUCUUUACCGAGGCGGUCCAAUUGAUCCCUCAUGUCGAUUGCGUUUAUAUAAACCCUCGCACAGAUGAGAUUUCGCUGGGCUGCAAGACCGACAUCCCCGACCCUGCCUUCGCUCCCGGAUACGUCUCACCAGACCUUGGAUACGAUAUCAAUAUUCAGAUCAAGAUGGCACGCAUCGUCAUAGAAGACUUUAGCGCCUGGUCCGAUUAUGAGUACCCGAUUCAGCAAUUCAACGCACUCGACAAGGAGCCCGUCGCCACAAUCAAGUUGGACGAGCUCAAGUACCCCAACGUCGAUCAGAUUACCGCCAUCUUCCGUGGCGUCGAAGAUGAAUGGAAAAGCGGUUGCAACAGCUACGUCGUCAACUACAACGUCGACACCGACCGCGUCUUCGUCGACUACGACAGCAAAGACGGCGCUGAGCUGGCCAGAGAGACCCUCCGUAUCGAGUAUCGCAAGCUGAAGGAGUCGCAUCAGACCACUGCUGAUCCCGAGUUGGCCGAGUCGGAUGGCGAGUCGGAUGGCAAGUCGGACGACGCCAGCUCGGACGAGGUGGCUCCCAAGGAGCCGGAGUACGUGGACGACGAGGGCGUUCUCACGGUUCGGAUCAUCUUCCAUCGCAACACGGACAAGGACCACGGUCCAUACCUUCUCAAGCCCUUCGAUCCCGACGAGAUCUUCGACCCGGAGGACUUGGAGGAUGGUGGUCGGAUGGAGAGAGUCUUCUGGGAGAUCGCCGCCACCGCCGUCAAUGAGCGCCUUGCCCUUUGAGAGGCACCACACCACCACCGCCAUGGCCUUCUCUUCCCGGGCCUUGGCCUAUUCCCUUCAGACACCACCGCCGACGAUGCCUACCAGCUGUUAAAGCUGGCUAGGUAUCGUCGGUCGGGGAGGUGUCUGCGCGAUGCCGUUGUUGGGAGAUGGGAGAUGGGGG